CUCACCAUCCCACGCUCUUGUUUUCCAGUCCACCAUCCGCCUAUGCAAAACUUUAUUUUUACAUAAAAUGAAGCUAUGAAUACAACUAGCACAAUACUAGUGGACAACCGUGCCGUUGGUCCGUCCAUUGCCAAGCAGUCCACCAAGCGCAGGUCUCGUGGGGGCUGUCUAACCUGCAAACAGAAACACGUGAAAUGCGAUGAGAGUCGGCCACAUUGCCUUAGAUGCGACCAGCUUGGAGUACCGUGUGGCGGAUAUGCCAACCAAUUCACUUGGUCCUACAAACACCAAAAUACACCCCAUGGGCGCAAGCGAAGGCCGUCUUCCUCACAUGCAUCUCAAACAUCUCAUACAUCACAAUCCACUGAUUAUAGUCCCAAAUCACCAGUUGAUGGCGGGGAAACGCUCUCUUCAAUAUCACAUCAGGCGACUUCCUCGGCUACUACUACUACUGCUGUUGCUGCUCCUAAUAACUUGGGCUGCCCAGACCUUCAAGCAAGCACAGCGGAAUAUAGCUGGGAUCAAACCGUAGAAAGUCUGAAUGCUCUUUUGGACUUGGAUCAAGCGUGCUGGUUACCGUCACCACAGCCGCAAUCGACUCCAGAAAUGCGGUGCCUUACUCUACCUGCGACUGUGAGAGGAGGGCCAGAGGCAACAGACAAAUUGAUAGCUUUUUGGUUUGACCAAGUAUGUCCGAUCUGGUCUGCAUUCGAUUCUACUUUGAACCUCAACCGGAAAAUAGCCAUGGAUCUCAUGCAUCAUUCCAGUACCGUCUUCAGCACUCUCCAAAGCAUGUCUGCUAGUUUUCUUUCUUCUCAGCUACCCCAAAUUAAACGGCCUUAUGCUAUAGGCUUGCUCAAGUCUGCAACAUUGUCCAUAGAAGCAGAGGUCGCUUCACUGCGCGCAAGAACGGUCCUUUCCGACGUACCAACCGGCCUGUUGUUUUCUCUAUUUUGUCUUGGGACGACCAUGUGCUGGCUCGAUGCUCGGCGGCUUGGAUUGCCAUUUCUGAAAGAGGCAAAGGGAUUGCUGCGGCGCGUGUCUCUGCAGCAGCAUAGCGACGGCAGUAAUCAGCAUAACAUGAUGGCUUUCUUCAAGAAAGGUCUUCUAUACUGGGAGAUGCUGCUCUCUUUUGUCGAUGAUUAUAAUCUACCUGGGGAUAAUGAUGAUAUUUACAGCAGUAGCAACAGCAGCGACGAAAUCCGGCCACUGCUACCACCCACCCACAACACUGACUUGCUCUUGCAUCCAUGGACCGGUAUCUCAACCAAACCAGCUCGGCUGUUUGCCCUUUCCGUCCGACUUUGUCGGGCGCAUCGUCGAAGAAUAGCAAAGCCAACUAGUAACGAGGUUGCGUAUUCUGCAGCUGCGCAAGAAAUGAAUGAGGCGGUACAGCUUGAAGCAGACUUGCUGGCGUUGGAUUUGGCAGCGUUUGCCCGCAUAAACCAGCAAACUGGGGACGAGCGAACACCAUGGGUGCACCUUGUGGAUGUGGCAGAGGCUUACCAAUUAUCAUCGCUCCUCCAGCUGUAUUUGACGUUUCCAGAUCUUGCGGCACGACGGCAUUCACUAGACUCUGGCAGUGGCUUGCUGGAAGAUGGGACAACUUGCGAGGAACGAACUAUUCGGCUUGCUCUUGAAUUAUGCAGGCUUCUUGAGCGGAUUCCAUGCGAGUCUGGAAGUCGGGUGAUUCAGCCAAUGCUAUAUAUUUGUGCCAGUGCUGGACUCUGCUACCCGACAUCGAGAGACCAAUCGAUAAUGGACAGAGGCGAUAAUCUAGUUACACCGACAGCGACAUUUGGAGCGACAGAUAUGCUCAGAUAUAUCGACCAGAUGGAUGCAGAAGAAUACAAAAGCCAAGAUGUAGGUCAACCUUCUAUCUCAGAAAUGGCCGUGGAUGUUGGCAGUGCCCGUAUCUUUAUAAUGCGGAGGCUAGAUUCGUUGGAAUGCACACUCCAACCCAGACCUAUUGCCGUUGCAAAACAGCUUGUCAAAGCUAUUUGGGCAUCGUAUGACCACGGCAAACGCUGUAAAGGUGGUCAUUGGCUUGACGUGAUGGAAGCCCAGGGCUUGAGGUCUCUGUUUGGGUAAUUUGUAAAAUACAAUUUCAAUACGAUGUGCGUCUCUCAUGAACGAAGAUAAUAGUCAUAUUAUAGGCUCUUUCUAGCGUCAACCCUUUUACUUCUCUUUUAGAGAUGUCAGAUAAAUGGUAAUAUUAUCUACCAUGGAUACCCUUCUGUUGUGUCCUCGCUGACGGGACCUAGCCCAUCGCAAAGCUGCUCCUUAUGUUUCCGAUCCAGAUAUUCUAGCAAGACUUGCUCAUAUUUUUCUCUUCCCUUGUAUUCGGCAACCCAAUCAUCCCAGCUUCUCACUGCACUCGCCAGUCUUCCAGGGACGUGAUCCUCCUUUACAAUAUCUGUUAUAGGAUGGAAAUACGUUCGUAUUGUAAAGCAAAUCGCCUUUGUCUUGGGCAGUCGCCGCAAUGUCUGUCUUUCUGAGCGGAACCAGUGAUGCUCUAUUGCCUUGUUCUUCUCUGCCGUGCUCCAGCUUAGCGCCGGGCUAUCCUCGUCACCAAUGCUGUAGCUCCAGGGCAAGGACUCGUCCACCUGAAUGAAGUAGUUGUUGCGAGCGUAGAACUUGUCGCAUUUUAAUCGCUGGAAGAACUUCAACAUGCCGCCCUCAAGCUUUUCGUGGAAAUGUGGCACAUGGCCAGACGUAUGAAUGUCGGACAAGGUCAUGCCAAAUUUAUCAGAUAGUCUCCAGAAGCCUGCCAGAAGGAUGGAGCCGGCGAGCAAGCGGUAUUGCCCAUCUGGCUGCUCAAUCAUAAGAGCAAGGUCGUCCUGCACAAGCCGAGAACAUAUCACCAUGGGAUCUUCCUGCAGCAGCCGCCCUUGGAUAUUGAACGACUCGCCGGACCAGAGAUUUCGUAUGCCCGUUGCUGUUUUCUGAUAUAGACUCGGAUAGCGUGCAGGUAAGUAUUCGGUUAGCUCUUCCAGUAGCUCAACCGCUGCAGAGAAUGCCUCCUCAUGCGUCUUGAUGCACUGCUCGCCUCGCUCUAUGAUUCGUGCUGCUUUAUCCGCAUGGAACUUUGGAAACUGAUUAUCAAGCUCAAUCCAGUCGAUGGGGGCCACAACCCGGAGUCCCAUGGUUACAUUAUACUUUGGCCCGUACCGAAAGGCUCUGUAUGGCAAGGGUUUCGUAGUUUUAAGCGACCAUCCAGGAUACGCAGGGGGUACUGGCAUCUUGAAUUCGCCAUGGGGCUUGUCUCUGCUGUGCUUUGUCUCUUUCUCGGGAUUUUGAUAUCUGUUGGGUUGUAGAUACUGCUUGCAUAGGUUGUAAAAGACAACCAGAAAUCCGGCGCAAAUGCAUAAUAAUAUUUCCCAUUUAAGCCCAGGAAAAUAGAGCAUUUCAAGCCGAAAAUCCAUCCUCGAGGCGAAAUUUAAAAGUUAAUGUGGUGAGCCAAGACACGCUGAAAGAUGGUAGUUAUA